AUGGCGGGUUGGCACCGGUUAACCGCCUUCUCCUCUCUGGGUUUGUUGUUGCUGCUGCUGUUGUUGUUGCUGUCGGCUCGAAGCAGCGCAAAACCGCUGGAGAAAUGUACCGGAGACAAGUCCUGCCAGUCGCCGAGACCUCCGGUCGUCCUCAUCCCGGGGGAUCUGGGAAACCAGCUGGAGGCGAAGCUGGACAAACCCAGCGUGGUCCAUUACAUCUGCUACAAGAAGACCGACACCUUCUUCACGCUGUGGCUCAACCUGGAGCUGCUGGUCCCCGUGGCCAUCGACUGCUGGAUAGACAACAUCAGGUUAAUCUACAAUAGGACCACACACACCACCUCGUCCCCGCCCGGCGUGGAGGUCCGCGUCCCGGGGUUCGGGCAGACGUAUCCGCUGGAGUUCCUGGACCCCAGUAAACGCAGCGUGGGUAUGUAUUUCUUCAGCAUAGUCCAGGCGAUGGAGGAGUGGGGCUACACCAGAGAUGACGAUGUCAGAGGCGCCCCGUAUGAUUGGAGGAAAGCCCCAAAUGAGAACAAGCCGUAUUUCCUGGCGCUGCAGAAGAUGAUCGAGGAAAUGGCGCAGAAGGCCGGCGGGCCCGUCGUGCUCAUCGCUCAUAGCAUGGGCAACAUGUACACCCUGUACUUCCUCAACCAGCAGCCGCAGGCCUGGAAGGACAAGUACAUCAAAGCUUUCGUCUCGCUGGGGGCGCCGUGGGGCGGCGUGGCCAAGACCCUCCGAGUCAUCAUAUCUGGUGAUAAUAACCGCAUCCCAGUGAUCAGCCCGUUAAAGAUCCGCUCGCAGCAGCGGAGCGCUGUCUCCACCAACUGGCUGCUGCCCUACCCCAGCACCUGGCCCCAGGAUCAGGUUUUGGUCCAAACCUCCCACACUAACUACACGGUGCAGGACUACCAGCGCCUCUACAAAGACGUGGAUUUCGAGGACGGCUGGCUCAUGCGGCAGGACACGGAGCCGCUGGUGGCCGAGCUGACGCCCCCCGGCGUGGCCAUGCACUGCCUGUACGGCACCGGCGUCCCCACGCCGCUCUCCUUCCAGUACGGCGACAAGUUCCCGGACGUGGAGCCCACAGUGACGGACGGCGACGGCGACGGCACGGUCAACCUGCAGAGCUCCCUGCAGUGCAAGCGCUGGCUGGGCGGGCAGAAGGAGCCGGUGACGCUGAAGGAGCUGCCGGGCAACGAGCACGUGGACAUGCUGACCAACUUCACCACCGUGGCGUACAUCAAGACCGUGCUGUUCCCCCCGUGACGCCUCCCCACGUCCGCACUGACUCUUAACGACGGGACGCCAAAUCCUUCUCCGACCGCCAUAAAUGUCUCUGCUCGUGCCACUUCCCCCGAGAAAAAAGUAUUGAUAUUUUAUGAAAUCACUGCAGACUCGCACCUCAAAUGAUUUUUAAACAUCAAUGUAAGGUUGUUUUAUGUUGAAAAACCAAUAUUUUACCCACUAAAUCUAUAAUAAAGGACUUGUACAAGUGAAAACCAGGGACUUCCUGUUUGUGCCACUUUGAUUAUUAACUCCUGUUUAUCUUUUCAAAUGACACUGUUCUGUUUCUCUGUGAGACCGUUCAUUACUUUUGAUUGUAUUCUUCCUUCUUCUGCAUGCUUUUAAGUCCAUUUAAGUCCAUUUUUUUGCCGCUAGUGAAAACACACCAGGGUUUUUCAUGUCAAGAAGGUCAAAUUUAUUUUCUGUUGUAUUACCAGAUGCCAUGAGAUGACGUGUAAAGCUCCUUGAAAACAUGAACAAGCUGUAAAGAAAUGCUGAGGAACUAGUCAGUGGGUUUACUUGAUAUUUCCUUUGUUUUUAAAUGGAAAUAAAAUGCUGUUUGUCUUACGAGUAAAAUUUUUGAAAUACCGA